AGCUUGACGUUGUUACGCAUUCCACUUAUGGGGAUCGAAAGGUUAUAGUGAACGAAGUAUUUUAUUAAUCUGAGAGAAGGUAACACUAUGACUAAAGAACAACUGCCUCAAUGGGCGGAUAUUUUGAAAAGACGGUUAGAAAACACCCCAAAAGACGACAGAAGCGACGAGGAGAAGAAAGCCGAGGAAACGCAUCUGUUCAGCAGAUACUACACGCAGUGGAAGGGAGGAGGCGACAAAGACCAGUCCUACAAGAACAUCCCACGCUUUUACUACAGGCUACCGGCAGAGGAUGAAGUUUUACUACAGAAACUGCGAGAGGAAUCCAGAGCCGUCUUCCUCCAGAGGAAGAGCAGAGAACUGCUGGAUAAUGAGGAACUACAAAAUCUGUGGUUCCUGCUCGACAAGCACCAGGUGCCUCCGAUGAGCGGAGAGGAGGCCAUGAUCAGCUACGAGGCCUACCUGCAGGUGGCGGAGAAGGCCGGGGCCAAGUGCCAAAAAUUCUUCACAGCCAGAGUGUACUCCAAGCUGCUCCACAGCGACCCGUACGGCAGGAUCUCCAUCAUGCAGUUCUUUAACUACGUCAUGAGGAAAGUGUGGCUGCAUCAGACCCGGAUCGGUCUCAGCCUGUAUGACGUAGCAGGACAAGGCCACCUCAGAGAGUCGGAUCUAGAGAACUACAUCCUGGAGCUGAUCCCCACUCUGCCUCAGCUGGACGGACUGGAGAAGUCUUUCUACUCUUUCUACGUCUGCACCGCCGUUCGAAAGUUCUUUUUCUUUCUCGACCCCCUGCGAACAGGGAAGAUCAAAAUCCAGGAUAUAUUGGCCUGCAGUUUUCUGGAUGACUUAUUGGAGCUGAGAGACGAGGAGCUUUCUAAAGAGAGUCAGGAGUCCAACUGGUUCUCAGCCCCCUCCGCUCUCCGAGUCUACGGCCAGUACCUCAACCUGGAUAAGGACCACAACGGCAUGUUGAGCAAAGAGGAGCUCUCGCGCUACGGCACGGCCACGCUCACCUCGGUCUUCCUGGACCGAGUGUUUCAGGAGUGUCUCACCUACGAUGGAGAAAUGGACUACAAGACCUAUCUAGACUUUGUAUUGGCCUUGGAGAACCGGAAGGAGCCUGCAGCGUUGCAGUAUAUUUUCAAACUUCUGGACAUGGACAAUCAGGGACACCUCAACGUCUUUUCCCUCAACUACUUCUUCAGGGCCAUUCAGGAGCAGAUGAAACUCCAUGGUCAGGAGCCGGUCACCUUCCAGGAUGUCAAGGAUGAGAUCUUUGACAUGGUGAAGCCCAAAGACCCCUACAAGAUCACCCUCCAGGACUUGGUAAACAGUUGCCAGGGCGACACCGUCGCCAGCAUCCUCAUCGACCUCAACGGCUUCUGGACCUACGAGAAUAGAGAAGUGCUGGUCGCCAACGACAGCGACAACAACCGAGGGGACCUCGACGACUCCUGAGGAGGACUUGGGGACUCAACUCUUACUGCUGACUCAGGUCAGCUGGGAACGUUUUAGCUCAACGUCACCGUUGUGAAAACCUUCUGACCUUUCAUUUUAUUCCAUAUUUUCUGUAAAAAAUGUUCUUGAAAAUAAACGUUUAUGCCCAAAUGUU